UUCUUUUUUUCUUUCUUUUUUUUUUUUUUGGUCUUUUAUUUGUUUGUUUCUUCUAUCUGUUGUUCUAUUUGAUCUACUACAGAUAAAUCAACCAAUAACAUUUGUAUAUAAAUACUAUAUUCAACAACUUCCAUCUAUUUCUAUCUUACACUUUUUCUAUAUACAUAUAUUAUAUCAAUGGAUCCUGACGCAUUGACUAUUAUUCCCGGUGUACCAUUUCCUGAAUACUAUGAAUUCUUCAUGAGUUGGAAAGCGCCUAUUGGUAUUGCCACCACUUAUGCCCUGAUGGUUCAUUUAUUCAAUCCUUCUGUGUCUAAAGCUAAAGUGUCUCGUGUUGAAGCAAAGAAUCAAGGUACUGGUACCGCAUCUAAAUCAAGUCCUUGGAUGACUACCUUUGUCUUUUUCCAUAAUUUAUCCUUGGCUAUUUAUUCUAUGAUCACCUUCUUUAACAUGGUUCAAUAUAUGCAUCAAUUAUUCCAUCGUGGUCAAUCUAUUCAUGAUACUUAUUGUGACAAAGAUGGAUUUUUAUGGGAUAAUGGUCUUGGUUACUGGGGUUAUCUUUUCUAUUUAUCCAAAUUCUAUGAAGUCAUUGAUACUAUUAUCAUUUUGAUGAAAGGUCGUCGUUCUUCAUUGUUACAAACUUAUCAUCAUUCUGGUGCUAUGCUCACCAUGUGGGCUGGUAUUCGUUUCCGAGCUCAACCCAUUUGGAUCUUUGUCGUGUUCAAUUCCUUUGUUCACUCCAUUAUGUAUCUUUACUAUGCUAUGACCUCUGUGGGUAUCCAUGUACCUGGCAAACGUUAUAUUACCUCUAUUCAAAUCUCACAAUUUUUAGUGGGUAUGUCUCUUGCUACCUCUUAUCUCUUUAUCAACGAUUGUCUUGCCACUCCUGGUCAAAAAUUCGCUGUCCUCUUGAACGUCUUGUAUUUAUUACCUUUGACUUAUCUCUUUGUGGACUUUGCUCGUCGUACUUAUGGUAAACGUAGAGCUGCUGCUGCUGCUGCUGCUUCGUCUGCUACUCUCAAGAAGUCAAAUUAGAUCUAUUUUCUUUUUAUGUCUUCUUUUUUUUUUGUUUUAUUUUAUUUUAUUUUUUCUGCAUGUCUCUUUUCUUUAUUAUUAUUUAAUCCAUAUCAAUAGUUUAGUUUUGAUUCUCAUUGGUUUCAUCAUUUUUUUUU